GAUGGGGCCAUGAGUGGGUUAUGCCACAGUUGUGACUGCAAAGAGUAAGGUAAGAGACUCUCUUUUCAUUGUACUACAAUCAGGCUCUCUUACGCUAUGCCAGUUACAUGGAUCUUUUGGGCAUUCAUGUUGUUCAGUCAAACAGCAGCUGAUCCUGGCGCAGGACUGCAGACAUGGGAUAGAUUUAGCAAACUUCCAUAUCCCGGCGACAAAGCUUUCCUUUACGACACGUUCCCCGAAAAGUUUAUGUGGGCUGUCGGCACCGCUGCGUAUUCAGUGGAGGGAGCUUGGGAGAAAGACGGGAAGGGAAAGUCUAUCUGGGACACUUUUACGCGCGGAGGGACCCGUGUAUCCAGAGGAGACGUGGGCAGUGACAGUUAUCACAACAUCCAAGCGGAUCUCCGAGCCCUCCAGCAGCUGAGAGUCAGUCACUAUCGGUUUUCUCUGUCCUGGCCACGCAUUUUUGCCAACGGCACCAAGGAAAGCUACAACGAAAAGGGUGUGUGGUAUUAUAAAAACCUAAUUCGUGGAUUAAAGGAGAUUAAAGUGCAACCUGUUGUGACUUUAUAUCAUUGGGACCUACCUGACAAUUUGCAGACGCACUUCGGAGGCUGGAACAGUUCGGUUACGGUUGACCUGUUUAGAGAUUACGCAGAUUUUUGCUUUAAAACUUUCGGAUCAGAUGUGAAAUUUUGGAUUACUAUCGACAAUCCUUUUAUUGUGUCCUGGCAUGGAUAUGGAACUGGGGUUGUGGCUCCUGGUAUCAAAAAUGACUCGGAUUUGCCUUUCAGAGUUGGACACAAUCUUUUGAAGGCACACGCUGCAGUUUGGCACCUGUAUGAUGAGAGAUAUCGUGCCAGUCAGGGAGGAAAAGUAUCCAUAGCUCUAGCUUCACAUUGGAUCAAACCAAGCAGAACCAGUCAGGAGAACCGCAGGGCCUGCCAGUGCUCUCUGGAUUUCGUGCUCGGCUGGUUUGCCCGUCCGCUGUUUGUGGAUGGAGAUUAUCCACCCUGCAUGAAACGCAAUCUGACCCACAGACUACCGUCCUUUACAGAGGCCGAGCGCGUGUACAUUAACGGCACGGCUGAUUUCUUUGCUCUUUCUCACGGUCCGGCACUUAGUUUUCAGCUGAUCAAUGACAGCCUGCGCUUCGCCCAGACGGAAGACCUGGACCUGAGGAUGCUGCUGUAUUGGGUCCAUGCUGAAUAUAACAACCCGCCCAUCUUUGUAGUUGAGAGCGGUUGGUAUGGAAGUGGCAAUACGAAAACGAAGGAUGCUAAGCACAUGUACUAUCUGAAGCGCUUUAUUAUGGAGACUCUGAAAGCCAUUCGCUUUGACCGUGUAAAUGUGAUCGGCUUCACGGCCUGGUCUCUGUUGGACGGAUACGAGUGGUACCGUGAAUACGGAAUACGUCGAGGGCUUUUCUAUGUAGAUUUUAACACACCUGACCUUAAAAGAGAACCAAAGACGUCUGCCACUUUCUUUAGCAAACUCAUCGAGAAGAACGGCUUCCCUCAGCUGCCUGAGAACCGACCGGCACAAGGCGUCUUCUCCUGCGACUUUGCCUGGGGUGUGGCGGCCAACUCCAUACAGGUUGAUACCACACCUACGCAGUUUGUAGACCCUAGCAUAUACAUCUGGAACAUUUCUGGUAACGGAGAGCUGCGAAAGCUCCCGGGCGUUCAGGUGUCCCCUACUCGCAGGGUACGGCAUUGUGCCGACUAUGCCAGCAUCCGGCAGCAGGUGUCUGACGUGCAACGCAUGCAGGUGUCACACUUUCACUUUUCCCUCAACUGGUCCUCCAUCGUCCCAUCAGGCCGAGUGUCUGACGCAAAUGAAACACUGCUAAGCUACUACCAUUGCUUUGUCAGUGAGCUACGAAAGGUUAACGUAACCCCAGUUGUGACCCUUUGGCACCACACUGGGAAACUGUCCAGCUUGCCUGCCUCCAUGGAGGCCAACGGAGGCUGGCAGAGCGAUAAAACGCUCCAGGGCUUUGUGGACUACGCCAGGCUGUGCUUCCAACGACUCGGAGCUCACGUCAAGCUGUGGAUCACUCUCAACGAACCCAACGAUGAAGAUCUUGAGUACGCAGUGGGUCACCAACUGCUCCGCGCCCAUGCUUUAGCAUGGCAUGUGUACGAUACGGAGUUUCGCAAAGCUCAAGGUGGUCAGGCGUCUCUGGUUCUUCACAUGGAUUGGGUCGAGCCUGCGUUUUCCUUUAACCGGGAAGAUGUAGAACCUGCAAACCGAGUUUUGGACUUUCGUGUGGGUUGGUUUGCAGAGCCCAUAUUUGGCACCGGCGAUUACCCCACAGUGAUGCGAAGCUGGCUACAACAGCGUAACAACAUCGACCUCUUCAACUUCCACUUACCGGCGUUCAGCGAAGACGAUCGGCGGCUGGUUAAAGGUACUUACGAUUUCUUCGCCAUCAGCCACUUUACCACCUCUAUGGUAUAUGAUGGAGUCGAGGACAAAUACACUUUUAAAGACAAGCUCCAGGUACAACUGAUAUCUGACGUUACAUGGAUCAUGUCACCGAGACGCAACUCACCUGUGGUCCCCUGGGGUCUUCGCAAGGCACUGAAUUGGGUCAACUCUCGAUAUAAAGGGGUUCCCAUUUACGUGAUGGCCAAUGGGGUUCAAGAAGACACAGCUAGGUUUAAGGACAGCUUGCGCGUCUACUACCUUUACAACUACAUAAAUGAGGCUUUAAAAGCGUACACACUGGAUGGGGUCAAUCUGAAGGGAUAUUUCGCAUAUGCGUUCGACGACCGACACGAUCCGGGUUUCGGAAUGUACGGUCACGUGCAAGAGGAGGUCAUUUUAAAAUCUUCACUGGCCCAUUAUAAAAACAUCAUCAAUCGUAAUGGCUUCCCUGCCUAUGGGGCCUCUUAUCAACAGUGUACCCAUCCCCCUGUGUCAUGCUCAGAGUGUUACGUCCUCGCCAAACAACCUGUCGUGGGCUUUUUAUCUCUAGUGGGCUCAUGCAUGCUUAUCACAAUGUGCCUUAUUGUUUACUAUGGAAUCAAAAGGCACGCAUUAGCCAUCAAACAAUGAAAGCAAGUAAUACAGUACUUUUGUUUCAGUGGACUAAUCUUUUAUUUAUUUGUUUUAUUAAUGGUUUGCGUAUUGUGUUCAUGAAAAGAAUAUACAUAGUAUGGUAAUAUUUGUGUAACUCACGCACUUCUAAAUGGAUAUUGCAGGAAGACCAAGCUAUUUAUUUAAUGUACAAUAUUUAUUUGUUUGUUCAAGUUUGGCUUGCAAGUUGUAAAUAAGGCAAGAAGAAUUUGGACAUAUUCAGAGAACUGUGUCAUUGUUAGUUUAUGUAACGAAGACCUUAUCGGGCGGUUUUCCGGACAGGGUUUAGGUUAAUCCAGGACUAGGCCUUAUUAAUAUUAGGUCAUGUGUUAAAAUUAAACAGGACAAGGUGUUUUUAAGUUAAAGCAGCUCAAACGUGCAAUACAGUCUGGGACUAAGAUAAGCCCGGUCUGGGAAACCACCCCUAAGUGAUCUAAUAUAAUUUAUGUUAUAGAUAAAUGGUUCCCAACCUGGGGUCCACAUACCCCUUAAGGGGGACACCAGAGUUCACUAAGGGCUUUGAGAUCAAAUAAAAAUGCAUAUAAAUGUUCCACCAAUAAUUUUAAAUAUAACAAAUAUUUUUAAAGAUUAGGCUAAAUAAGGAAGUUAAAAUAUUUAAUGAUGUAAAAUGGUAAAUAUUAAUACCUAUAAUAUUUACGAUUCCAACCGUCGGUUAUAAAAUAUAUAUGCAUAUGUAGGGGGGUCCCAAGGAAAAAGGUUGGGAACCACUGUUAUCAUAGAUGAUUAGGUAUGUAUUGCAUGCAUGUUGUAUUUAUGUCAUAGUAUGCAAACAAAUUCAUUUAUGACUUUUCAAAUGUUUUUACUAGUGUCGCAUUUAUAUGUGACCCUGGACCACAAAACCUGUCAUAAUGGUCAAUUUUUUUAUUUAUCCAACAUUUCCAUUAAUGUAUGGUUUGUUAGAAUAGAACUAUAUUUGGCCGAGAUACAACUAUUUGAAAAUCUAAGGGUGCAAAAAGUUUAAAUAUUUAGAAUAACACCUUCAAAUAUAGUACUUAGCAACACAUUACUAAUGAUAAAUACAUUUGAUAUAUUUAUAUAGCAGGAAAUUACAAAAUAUCUUCAUUGAACAUGUCUUUACUUAAUAUCCUAAUGAUUUUUUUGGCAUAAAAAAUGACAAUUUUGACCCACACAUUGUAUAAUUGGCUAUUGUUACAAAUACACCCGUGUGACUUAUUAUUGGUUUGUGCUCCAGGGUCAGUUUUUUUUGUAAAGUAUUUAUCACUGUUGUAUAGAAUUGUGAAGAAUAAACUAAUUUUCAAGGCUAUUUUUAUUUAUAUCUGCAAAAUUCCUGUAAACGUUUUGAUGUUGCUGUCUGAAUAGGACACAAUUUAAUUUCAGGACUUUAAUUUCUGUUAUUAUUUAAUUCACACCAUAAAUAUAAAUCAUUUUCCAUGACUACCUUCGAUUACAUUACAAAGGACAAUAACAGCUUUUGAAAAUGACUUUUAUUAUGAAAAACAAUUUUAUCAAAUAUAUCUUAUUUCUUCAAGGCUAC